AUGUCCAACAGCAGCUCCAUCACACAGUUCCUCCUCCUGGCGUUCACAGACACGCGGGAGCUGCAGCUCCUGCACUUCUGGCUCUCCCUGGCCAUCUACCUGGCUGCCCUCCUGGGCAACGGGCUCAUCGUCACCGCCAUCGCCUGCGACCACCGCCUCCACACCCCCAUGUACUUCUUCCUCCUCAACCUCUCCCUCCUCGACCUGGGCUCCAUCUCCACCACUCUCCCCAAAUCCAUGGCCAGUUCCCUCGGGGACACCAGGGACAUCUCCUACGCAGGAUGUGCUGCACAAGCCUUUCUGUUUCUCUUUUUGAUAUCAGCAGAGUUUUUUCUCCUGACGGUCAUGGCCUACGACCGCUACGUGGCCAUCUGCAAACCCCUGCACUACGGGACCCUGCUGGGCAGCAGAGCUUGUGCCCACAUGGCAGCAGCUGCCUGGGCCACUGGGUUUCUCAAUGCUCUGCUGCACACGGCCAGUACAUUUUCACUGCCCCUCUCCCAUGGCAAUGCCCUGGAGCAGUUCUUCUGUGAAAUCCCCCAGAUCCUCAAGCUCUCCUGCUCAGACACCUACCUCAGGGAGGUCGGGAUUCUUGGGGUCAGUGCCUGUGCAGCAUUUGGGUGUUUUGUUUUCAUUGUGUUGUCCUAUGUGCACAUCUUCAGGGCUGUGCUGAGGAUCCCCUCUGAGCAGGGACGGCACAAAGCCUUUUCCACGUGCCUCCCGCACCUGGCCGUGGUCUCCCUGUUUAUCAGCACUUCAUUUUUUGCCUACCUAAAGCCUCCUUCCAUCUCCUCUCCAUCGAUGGACCUCGUGGUGGCAGUGCUGUACUCGGUGGUGCCCCCAGCAGUGAACCCCCUCAUCUACGGCAUGAGGAACCAGGAGCUCAAGGAUGCAGUGUGCAAACUGAUGAGCUGAUUUUAUUUUUAGAAACAAGAAAAUGCCUGUUUUCUUCUGCGUAGCAUUCAUAAUGAAACUUGUUACAGCCUUAGCCUGCCUUGUGAGGUUUAUGGUGUGGUGUCUUUCUUUUUCUUGUGAUAAUGUU